CCUAAACCCCAGACUCUCAAAAUUGACCCAUGUUCGAGGAAUCGAUUAAUCCAGCAGCACAUCAUGCGCUGCGUGGGCUUUCGUAAGGUCGAGGAGGACCUUACAGAGCCUCUGGAUCACUUCCCGGAGGCACCCUCAUCGGCUGCAUCUCCUUUCAAGGAUAGUAAUGCCAGCAUGAUGGUCGACAUUGGUGGCGUCGGGGCAGUGAGUUUGAAUGCUGUGCGCAAGGUGGUGGCUCGCGCAUCUCGAAGAAGUACACCUGUUGUGGCAUCACCUUCUGCAGCCAGGGCUCUGCGCUUGCAGAGCACUUCCUCGUUGAACACGGCUACUGGCUGGACGCAGAUCUCUCGACAGCGCACAAGCUCUUCAAGAUCGGUGAUACCCGUGGUGCUGUCGAAGCACUUGAGGGUGCGGCCUACUCUUGGUUCAAGAGCGAGUGGAUUACGGACCUGGUCCGUUAUGUCACAGCUCUCGCCGAGGAGCAUGAGGCUUGUUGGGGCACUCACCGCCUUCCUCACCGACAUGGAUCACGCACCAACCUCCCUGUGCCCCAAUGGAUGACGGAUAAUUGCAUGCCAAGCGACCUCAGCUACAUCGGCAAGACUUUCAAGUUCACUGGUCCCACUCGAACACCCUGCUGCUUCAUGUGCGUCAAGUCACCGCACCUUCCAGGUCUACUCGCAUGAGGAACCCGGCCAUCUACGGUGACAAGACCAUGCACACUCGCUCGCACUUGAUUGCAGAAUUCACAACUGCAUACAAGGUGUUGGAGAACGAGCCUUCACCCAGGAGCAAGAGGCAGUCUUGUUUUAUCAAGGACGACUUUACCACUGUCUGCCCCGACACAGUGUGCGCCAGUUACGCUCAGUCGUUCAACUCACUACUCGGAAAGGCGGAGGCUGGGGAG